AUGGGGCUCGCGGAGAAACAUCACGCAGUCUCCAACGUUGCGUACGAUGUCGACGCUCGCGAACUUGCACAACUUGGCAAGAAGCCCAUACUGCGUCGAAACUUCUCACCAAUCGCCAUCCUCGGGCUCUCAUGCUCUCUGAUGGUCACGUGGGAGGGUUUGUUCAGCGUCUUCGUCUUCGGUCUGCAAAAUGGCGGCCCCGCGGGUCUAAUCUAUGGGUUCUUGUUUGUAUGGACCGGUUACACUUGCGUUGUCGCCACUAUGGGCGAGCUUGUCAGUAUGUGGCCCACCGCGGGUGGGCAGUAUCAUUGGGUCCAUGUGCUUGCACCGGAAGGAUGGAAAGACGUCCUUAGCUACCUUACUGGAUGGCAAAGCGUGAUUGCGUGGCAGGCAGUCACGGCUUCAGGUUGCUAUCUUAUGGCUACAGCGGUCCAAGGCCUCGUCAUCAACUCUCAAUCCACUUACAAGCCCGAACGCUGGCACGGCACGCUUUUAGCCAUCGCUAUUAUUCUUGUCUGCUUACUGUUCAACAGUUUUCUAUCCAAGGGUUUGCCGCAUGUCGAGACUGCGACGUUGGCGCUCCAUGUAUCACUUUUCCUCAUCAUACUUGUAGUCAUCACAGUCAUGUCGCCAACUAAGAGCAGCCACAGCGAAGUCUGGGCAUCAUUUCUUAAUGAAGGAGGAUACGAAAGCAAAGGACUUAGCUUUUUCGUUGGCCUUAUUACCCCCGUGUUUGCAUUCACGGGUGUAGACGGCGCCGUUCACAUGAGUGAAGAGGUCCGCAACUCGAGCCGCGUAGUCCCCUGGGCGAUGAUGGGUACGUACCUCCAGCUACCAAAGCAAUUCCAUUCGCUGACAGCAAAACAUCAGGAUCCAUCCUCAUCAACGGCGUCACCGGCUUCGGCAUGCUCAUCGCAAUACUCUACUGCAUCGGCGACAUCGACGCCGCCCUCAGCACACCCACCGGCUACCCCUUCAUCGAAAUUUUCUCCUACGCCACCCGCUCAUCCGCUGGCGGGACCGCCGUCUCUGCGCUGAUUGUGACCAUGUUCGCGCUCUGCACCGUAUCUACCCUCGCUUCCGCAUCUCGCCAGCUGUGGGCGUUUGCACGGGACAACGCCGUACCCAACGCGCAUCUCAUCUCAUACGUGCAUCCGCGCAUGAAAGUGCCCAUCGUCAGCAUCGGCGUCACGACCCUGAUCUCCUGCUUCUUGAGCCUAAUCAAUAUCGGGAGUACGACCGCCUUUAAUGCUAUUGUCAGCCUGACUGUGUCAGGGUUCUUCGGGAGCUAUAUUCUGCCAUUCUCAUUGCUUUUGUAUGCGCGCAUCAAGAGGCCGCAAGACCUUCCGCCAAGUCGCUUCAGAUUGGGCAGGUGGGGCGUGCUGGUCAACGGGUAUGCAAUUGUGUGGAGCAUGCUCGUCCUGUUCUUCAGUUUCUGGCCGCAGAACGUUCCGGUCACACCGCUGAACAUGAACUGGAGUGUUCUGCUGUGGGGUACGGUUAAUAUAUUUGCUGUGGUGUUCUGGUGCGCACACGGGAGGAGGGUGUAUAAAGGGCCGGUUGUGGAAACACAUGCUAACACUAUGUUGGAGGGGAACAUCGUUGCGAAGCACGUGUAG